AUGUGGACUGCCAAUGUGCUAGAAGAAGAUCACAUGUCAUGUGUCUACGAAGACCGGAUAAUUCUCAAAGUUGAAUUUAGCGAAGUAACAAAAACAAAUUUAACCAAUCACCAGAGAACGCACACCGAACAGAAAACAUUCCACUGCGAAACGUGCGGAAAAUCUUUUGCCAGUAACAAUCAGUUGAGAAAUCACAAAAUAGUUCAUACUGCAGAAAAAAGCUUUUACUGCGAAACGUGUGGUAAGUCGUACUUUCGAAAUUCUGACCUUGAAGUUCAUAAACGUAGUCACACAGGCGAGAAACCGUAUCAUUGUGAACUGUGCGGAAAAUCGUUUCCUGGUUCUUCUAAUCUCUCGCGUCACAAGAGAACACACAGCAAGGACCGACGGUACCACUGCAUAACAUGUGGGAAGUCUUGUAAUUCUAACAGUGAUUUAACAAAACACAACCGAAUACACACCGGAGAAAGGCCGUACCAUUGCGAAGAGUGUGGCAAAUCAUUCUCUAACAGUUCUAAUUUUUUGGUUCACAAACGGGGCCAUACGAGAACCAGACGACAUUGUUGUGUGACUUGUGGGAAAUGUUUUAUUUCUAGCAACAGUUUAAAACAGCACAAAAGAACUCACACAGGAGAACGUCCAUAUCAUUGUGAAAUAUGUGGGAAAUCCUAUUCCGAUAGCUCUUAUAUUGCACGACACAGGCGCAAACACUACGAGCAAACAGCCUCCGUGUGA